CCGUGGCGGGCCGAGGGGGCCCCGAGCGCAGGCCCGCGGCGCGGCCGGCACGCCCCGAGGGGCGCGCACGCCCACAUGGCGCCCGCCGCGGGCGGCCGGCGGAGCGGGCCCCCGCCCGCGGCGGCGGUGGAGGAGUCGGAGGACAGCGGCAGCGGCUCCGAGUCGCCGGCGGCGCCGUCGGGGCAGCGCCGCCGCUGCGCUGCGGCAGCCGCGCUCGGCGCCGCGCUGCUGGGGGCGGCGGCGCUGGCGGCGUGGGCGGUGCAGGCGCGCGCGGGCGGCCCUGGCGCGCUUCGUGCAGGCCGCGCGCGCCCGCGCCAGCUGGGGAGCGGCGGGCUCUUCGACGAGGCGGCGGUGCAGAUGGCCAAGGGCCUGUUCGACGCACACGAGCAGGGCCUCGUCGACCUCGACGGCGGGGGCGGCGUCGAGGCCGCGGCCGGUGCGGGCGAGGAGGCGCGGUCCAUACCCCACGCUCCCGCGGAGGACAUGCACGACGGCAACGUCUGCGACGACGACGAGGAGCUCUUGGCCCAUUUGUGCUACAAGAAGUGCAGCCUGCUCACGCACGGCAAGUACCCGAGGCGAACCUCUGCCUGGUCGUGCUGCUCGGCGGGCGAAGAGGGCGGCUCGUGCGGCCUCUUCAACCAGAAGCUGAAAAUGGGGAUCUGCACCGGAUACGACGUAAGCGGUGAUAGGGCGGGCAAUGGCUGUCCCCACCCGGCGGGCGCCUGCUUGGAGAAUGAGGAGGUGCACCUCGGGCGUUGCUUCAUGAAGUGUAGCGAGCUCACAGAUGGCGAGUUCCCUGUGCGCCUUGCUGCCGCCACGUGUUGCAGGGCCGAGGUCCACGAGCAGUGGAAGUGCCUCGACCCCAGGAACGUGAAGACUCGGCAGUCGUACAAUGUCGGGGGCGGCAAAGGCGACGGAGACAGCCGCACGCCCAGCGGGCCCCACUGGCCGAAGACAGCUUGGACCGAGGCCAGGGACUAG